CAACCACCACCAUCCAUGCCAACGUCCUUGUCGACGCCGCCGGAACUCUGGCUGGAGGUUUUCAAAGCUCUUCCAACAGCUGCACUUGCAUCUGUCACGGAGACAAGCCGUGCCUUCGCCGCCCUCGCACGGCCAUUGCUCUUCGCGCAUUUCGAGUUCGUACCCUAUGGCUGCAGUAUGGGUCGACGAGACGGGGGCUGGGAUAUCAUCUAUCAUCUAUUGGGGGGAGAAGAGCUCCAACGUGCCGCCUCCAUUCUGGAUACUUGGACAUCCAACUCUAUCGCCCCCUUAGUCCGGUCCUGCACAAUUCGGGCUUCGCGUUCCCGAGAUUCAUUGGUCGCGGAGGAUAACGAGGAGGCCGCAAUGCGGCUCUCGGGCCUGCAUACCUUCUUCUCGCGCUUGUCUCGCUUCACGAAACUCAAACAUGUGCUUCUGGACGAUGUCACCCUGCCGACCGAUGCAUUGUCCAACAUUUAUCAUCUGCUGCCGUCUCUUGAGGUCCUGUAUAUCGUCUGUCGCUUCUCCCGACAGCCUGUGGCUUUUGAAAACACCAGAGCUUUGGCGAAGCUGCGGAAAUUAGUGCUGAAGAUAGAAUCCCAGCACACCGUGACCACCAGCGCCACCCUUGCUGCGUAUCGACCAUUCUUCGGCUCUGCAAUGCUGAAAGAGCUGGACCUGUCCUGCAAUCUACGUGCAUGGAGCGAGGACCCACACGACAUCCCUACAUUUCCCACCGUCACCCACGUCAGAAUCUACCCCAACCUUACCGUCCAGCCAGUGUUUGCUUCCCUGCUUCCCAAGUUCCCUGUGCUCCAAGAUUUGACUAUUGUGGGCAUAUCUAGCGCGCAUCCAGCCAUCCCAGACAUUGUUUCAGGGUGCCGGUCGUUGGUCAGCACCGUUGCGCAUCUGUCAACUGGGUCUUCUGCCCUGGUGGAGCUUUUCCUCUAUGGGGAUAAAUCCGCCCUCAGGACGCUUCACUUUCCGGCGGGAGAUAAUAUCUCAACACUGUGCAAGCUGAUACAAACGGCCCACCCGCUGCUGGUGUGUCUUUCGCUCGACGUGCCAACCGCGAAGGCAUCUCUCCUCGCGCCUAUGUGGGCCUGUCUGCCUGCGCUGCGCUCAUUGAAGAUCAAUUUCCAACGGGUGUUCAGGGGAGAGGACGCGCCGGACGCCUCGGAGGAGAGUAAACUCGCGCCAUCCUACUUACAGAGUCUUUGCGCCCCGCACUCGCUUGCGCCAACCCUGCAGACCCUCGUGCUCAAAUGGCACUUCCUCUUCUGCAGCCCCGCAUGGCCCCAACAGCUGGCCCACACCGACUUCGACCUUCCCGCCGUUGCAGCCGCCGUUGCCGCAGCGACUCCGACGCUCACAGCGAUUGGCGUGGAUGCGGCCUCGUUUGCGCUCCGAUGGCAGUGUCGCGCGGCGGCGACGGGUUUGCUCCGCGGAGAACCCUGGGUGGACGAGGCGGCAUUCGCUGCGGAGAACAUAGCUAGCUAUGAACGCAUUCAGCGUGCAGUCGAGCAGAUGUGGGUGGAUGAAGGCCUGAGGCUAUAG